AUGCUCGCUCCGACGAACCCAUACUCUGCGAGUAAAGCGGCCGCGGAAAUGUACAUUACUGCGUAUGUCAGUAGCUUCCAGCUGCCGGCAAUCAUGAUACGCUUGAAUAAUGUGUAUGGGCCACAUCAGUUUCCCGAGAAAAUCAUCCCAAAGUUCAUCAAUCUCCUCCAGCGCAAGAAGCCACUUUGGAUCCACGGAGACGGCAAAAACACACGACGAUAUCUCUACGCCGGGGAUGCGGCGGACGCCUUCGACACCAUCCUGCACAAGGGUGAAAUCGGCCAAAUCUACAACGUCGAUUCCCAGGACGAGAUCUCGAAUCUGGACUUGGCUGGGAAGCUUUUGGGUCGAUUUGGGGUGGAGGAUAUCGCAGGUUCGAUUGAGCAUACACGAGACCGUCCCUUUAAUGAUCUUCGAUACGCAGUCGAUGGAACCAAGUUGAGGGAUUUGGGUUGGAAGCCGCAAGUGUCGUUGGAGCAAGGCUUGACAAACACAGUGGAGUGGUAUGCCAAGUACUUUGACUGGUGGGGACCGAUCGAGRACAUCUUGACUGCAUUUCCUGUGGUGRAGGAUGAGGUUGGAAGUGAUGCUGUCCCUGCAGAUGGAGAGUCCCAGGUCGGGAAGCUGGAACGCGGACAGCAAGCUGGUUCAGGGGCUGAGCAUUGCACGACUUCGGGCAUGGAAGCGGUGAAGGCGACAAGCGUGAAAGGUAUGAAUGGUUCGAUGGGUCCAAAUGGCGCGAAAAUACCAGCCGAACGUGCUAGGAAGCGCAAGGCAGAUGUGAUGGACGAGGAGUAG